GCUGAUUUGACCUCACCGUCAGCGCUCAUGCUCUCCCAUCGCUAUCGUCUUCACUCCUGCGGUGUCUUUCUCUCCCCAGAAUUCCUUCCCCCCUGGCAUCCACCGUUUCUCCUUGGCUCUAUUCGUUCGAGGGCUCAAAAGUACGUCAUCGGCAAGUUUGAACCGCCCCCUUUCUCUCUCUGUUUAACCCUCGCCCCCUUCUUUGUCUCGCUAUCAAACUCCCCCCUCCUCCACCUCCAUAACUGAUCAAAUGCGGCAAGAUCUGCAACUGUGAGUUCAGGUAAUCUCGCCCCCUACAUCCCCGUUGCUUGCACCCUCGAUUCUUUAUUCUCUUCUGGUAAUCUCGUCUCCUCCCUCCCCAUUGCUAGCAUUGGUUCGGGUCGGGAAGCUGUUUUGAUCUCCGAGGAGGCUCCCCAAACGGUUUUUACGAGAUCAGAGUUGGCAUUUGGAGUUUCCAAGCUUGAACCUUAUCCGAUUGGAUUUAUUUAUUUUUUAGUCUGUAUUUUCAUUUUCCUUUCAUGAUCGAUAGUUUAGGUUUCUUAUGGAUUUCCUGUAGUGUUCUUGGUUUGCUCUUCGUACUAGACUAUUAUUAGGUGCUCGUAUUGGAUUUUUGCAGAAUUGUCUCUGCUCUUAGCGGAUGAACAUAUGAGUUGUGACGAGUUUUCUGGGUAGGCAUUAGGCGUUUCUUCUUUCAAAUAAGCGAUCAAGUUUUUUGGGCUUUGAGUUGGCUGCUUUGGAUUUGGAGCACCAGGAAGCUUUGUCUUACCAGUGUAUUUUGUUUUACACGCAUAAUUUGUUUACACGUUUUGGUGUGUUUUUUGGGUUGGCAUUUGGGUUCAGACUCCGGAGCUCCAUUUUUGUUUCUCUUUUUUUUUGGAGAAAAAAGGCAGUGUCAGCCUUGCCUGCUAGUUUAUCGCAAAGCGCAUUGCAUUCCCGUCACAUGUUACUAUUUUCUUUGUUUUGUUCUGCUAGUCAUUUGCUGCUGUCCGCAAUUAUGACGCAACGCCAUCUACAGCGAAGAUGUGUCGGCACUGGAACAACGAGAGUUAAAUCUGUUGAUGUCUUAUAGUUUCUCUUCAGAAAAACUGCCAAGUACCAGAGCCAUGGAUCGAUAUGAGGUAUUGGAACAGAUCGGCAAAGGAGCAUUUGGUUCUGCUCUGCUUGUCAGACACAAAGUGGAGAAGAAGAAGUAUGUGUUGAAAAAGAUCCGGCUUGCCAGGCAAACAGACCGCACUCGCCGGUCUGCCCACCAGGAGGUACGCAACUUUUGCAGAUGCAGCUCAUUGCAAAAGUGAGGAAUCCAUUCAUUGUGGAGUACAAGGAUUCAUGGGUGGAGAAGGGCUGUCACAUUUGCAUCGUUAUUGGGUACUGUGAGGAAGGAGACAUGGCUGAAGCUAUUAAAAGAGCUAAUGGCACCCAUUUCUCUGAAGAGAAGGUUUGCAAGUGGCUCGUGCAGCUUCUGAUCGCCCUUGACUAUUUGCAUGCAAAUCACAUUCUUCACCGUGAUGUGAAGUGCUCCAAUAUUUUUCUUACAAGGAAUCAAAGUAUAAGACUUGGUGACUUUGGGCUUGCAAAAAUAUUGACUGCUGGUGAUCUGGCAUCCUCUGUGGUAGGGACACCAAGUUAUAUGUGCCCAGAACUUCUUGCUGAUAUACCUUAUGGUGCAAAAUCUGAUAUUUGGUCACUAGGAUGUAGUAUAUAUGAAAUGACUGCUCUCAGAGCUGCAUUUAGAGCUUUUGAUAUGCAAGCUCUUAUCAAUAAGAUCACCAAGUCAAAUGUAUCACCAUUGCCAACAAUAUAUUCCAGUCCAUUGUUUAUUCCCUCAUGCAGUAGGGGGCUUGUUAAGAGCAUGCUACGAAAAAGUCCAGAUCACAGGCCAAGUGCAGCUGAGUUACUCAAGCAUCCGUAUCUCCAACCUUAUGUGCUUCAAAUCCAUUUGAAAUCUUCUCCUGCUCGCAAUAUAUUCCCACCAAACCACUUUCGAAGUUAUGAGGUUAAGAAAAUGACUAUUCCCACUGAGUCUGUGUGGAGAAGCAAUGGCAGGAGGAACUCUUUGGGCAAUGAGAGGAUUGUCACCAUCAGCAAACCUUGUCCUGUCAGGAAUUCUAUCAGCUCCUUUCGCAGUGUCAAGAGUUACACAACUACCCAGAGUGUCAAGGAGUUAUCUGUUGAUGACAGUCAUGUUGAGGAGAUGAGUAGUAAAAACUUAACCACGAAGACCUCAAGUAUCAUGAAGACUCCCCAGAGUACUACAGUCAAGACAAUAACAACUCAGCUGGAACCUCCAAAAGGAUCUUACAACAGAACUGAAUCGAGAGAGUUCCUUUCAAGAAAACCGGUCAGCAGAAGUUCUCGUCGGGCCGGCAGGGUAUCCCUUCCAUUGCCAAUGUACGAAACACCCGGCCACAACACUAGGAUGCUGAAUCGACUAAAUUCCCCUGACGUCUCAGUGAAUUCACCUCGAAUUGACAGAAUGGCUGAAUUCCCACUGGCUUCAUCUGAUGAGCCAUUGUUCAAAAUCUGCAAACCGUCUUCUGCUCUUGGCUCGCCCCCUGCCACACCACAGUUCGUCAACCAGUCAGUUACCGAGAAGUGCACUGUAGGAGACAGCCGGAGCGACUCUUCACACCAUGGUGCCACCACUACCUCAAGCAGGGGCUCCUCGGAGUCCAGGGAGCGGCAGUUUGACAUGUCGUCGUACCAGCAGCGUGCCGAGGCCCUGGUGGGCGUACUUGAGUUUAGCGCACAGCUGUUGCAGCAGGAGAGAUACGAGGAGCUGGGGAUCUUGCUGAAGCCUUUUGGCCCAGAGAAUGUGUCCCCCAGGGAGACAGCCAUCUGGCUCGCCAAGAGCUUCAAGGAGACAGGGUUGUAGUAGCUUCCUCGUUUAUGCAGAGGCCGGGGCUUCCAUCCCUUUUCGAAAAAAAAGUAGCUUUCUCAGUUACUCACCUUGCAUAGUUAGAUAUGACGGAAAUCAGUUUUGCGACUUGGUAACUGCAAUGUUGUUGAGGUUGCUGUUGGGAUUGAACACCAUCUUAGUGUUAACCCAGCUUUAGAAUUAAAGGUACGUUACCUUCAGUUUCUCUCUAGACCCCCAAUAUCAACUAGCAGUAGAUUUGUAAGCCUGAGCCGGAAAGUAUAACUAGUAAAAUCUUAAGCAAUGUGACCAUCUAAUGCUUCAGAGGUAAUUUGGCCUUCUAGACCAGAGAAGUUUUCUUUAACCUUUCUCAUGUUAUAGCACUGGUCAUUUGGCCUUCUAGACGAGAGAUUUUGUAGCAUCCUAUAUUUUCUCUGGUUAAUCCAUCAUGUAUGUUUAGUAAUUCCUCCGUCCCAAAAUAACUGACUUUGUUUUGGGAUUGAACACCAUCUUAUACAAAUCCACGUCACUUAUUUUGGGACGGAGAGAGUAUAUAAUAUUAAUGUGUUGCCAUAUACCUA